AGGUGUUUUGGACUUCAACUCCCACAAUUCGUAAUAGCUGCUGAAGCCUGGUUGGCCGUGCAUCCGAUGUGCCACCAAGUGCCACUGCUUGUCUCCUUUAAGAGCCUUGGGGCUGCUGCUCUGUUGGCGGAACAGCCGUUGCCUUGGUGAUGAUUGUGACCCAACACUUGAGUCACAGACGCCAGGCAGUCAAUGGCUUAAUGUGGGAACCAGGCAGACGUCCUUAGGAAGAGAAAGGACCCGAGGAGAGGGCUUUGCAGAGAGUGUGAACAAUGAGCGUGGACAAUGAAGACCAAGAUGUGGAAGAGACAAACGAAGACCAAGAUGUGGAAGAGACGAACGAAGAUCUGGAGUCCCUCAAGGAGAGAGCGCUCCUCAUUGUCGACAAUGUGAUCAAAGGGGCAACGGACACCAUUAUAGACCAGAAAAAGAAAGAAGAAGCCGCAAGAGCCAAAUACAAAAUACCCAACAUCCAAUGGGUGGAGUGCAAAGACUUCACGAUAGGAAAAGGGCUGCUGCAGAUCGAGGAAUAUAUGAGAACGUGGGAGCUCCACGAAAGCUGGCUGCACUGGACCAACUAUCUCAGCGAGGAGGAGCUCCAGUACAGCAUUCGGUACCACUACCGGGUGCGGUGGAGCAUCCCCACGUGCCGCAAGCCCAUCCCGAGAGCCACGGCCUGCGUGUACUUCAUCCUUGAGAUUUCCAAAGUCAGGCCCGACACGUUACCCAUCGAAGUAUACUUCAUGGUGGAGACAAACAAGCUUAUUCACAGGCCAGGAGAGUCUCGAUUUAAAGAAAAGUGGCUCAAAGACGUAAUCGAGAGCAAAAUCGGCCUGAUGGAGACAAUCUACUUUUAGUAUUGUUAGAACUGCUGUUAGUUAAAAGCUUGUGCAUAUUUUCCUGUUUCUUUCUCUUUUUCUUUUUGGAAAUAA